AACUAGUUUCCUAAAAAUUACGGAGUAGAUAAUUUUCAUGUUACUCACUUCGUUUCAGCAAAACUGUUCCGGUGACAAAUAAAAACGCCCAAUUACCACGGCUCACUACUUCACUGUCACCAGUCACCAGUCACCACCACUGACGUCUCUCAAGUCACCGUCUGUUCUUCUCUACGCUUCCCAGAGAACAAUGUCAGCUAUUCUAUCUCCGAUGCGAUUAUGUCGAAAUCCCAUCAGAGCCCGGUUUUUUUCCGGUCGUUUUGGGUCCCUAUUGAACCGGGAUGUUCCGAGUUUGACUCGGGUUGUGAGCAGUCCAGGUCUGAAUCAAACUCGGAUAGCUUCAAAUUCAACGUCAUCAUCAAACCCUUCAGUGAGUUCAGAAAAGGAUGCUGCUUUGGCUGCUGCUUCCACUUCCCCUGAUUCUCCUACUAUAUUUGACAAGAUUAUUAACAAAGAAAUUCCAGCAAAUGUAGUUUAUGAGGAUGAGAAGGUUCUUGCUUUUCGGGAUAUCAAUCCACAAGCUCCUGUACACAUCUUGAUCAUUCCCAAAAUUAGGGAUGGUUUGAGCAGACUUGCCAAGGCAGAAGAAAGGCACUGUGAGAUCCUUGGCCUUCUCCUUUACACUGCAAAGGUGAUUGCUAAACAGGAAGGUCUUGAAGACGGUUUCAGGAUUGUCAUUAAUGAUGGACCCAAAGGAUGUCAAUCUGUUUAUCACAUUCACGUGCACCUUCUUGGGGGACGCCAAAUGGAGUGGCCUGCUGGCUGAGUGAACUUGGUUGGUUAGGGAACUUGGUGUCUGCUUAUAUUUUUCCCGAUGAAAAUUAUGGUGCAAAAAACUGGUGAAUGUUGUAUUUUCCCCGAUGCAGAAAUAUCGAGUUUAUUGUCUAGAAAAGUUCAACAUUUUUGGAUCAUUUACUGUACUUGUCUAUAUACAUAAUAUUGGUAAGUCCUGAUCUUUCUGUCACAAGCCUCUGUUAUGCUGUCACUCGAUCUAUCAACACUUUAUUAAUCUUAUGAAUUCUUUUAGUUAUUA